CAACGCCAACACCACCAUCACCACUUCUCAUUUUACAUACAAACAAAUCACAAAUUACACCUCUACAAUCAAUAAACUACAAACCAGUAUGUCCACCCUCGACGACAUCUUCGGCUCCUCCCCCCCACCCACAACCCACCACUCCCAUCCCCACCCUCCCAGCACCACGACCACCACCGAACCCUCCGACCUCCCCUCCCUCCGCCGCCAACACGUCACAGCCGGCUACCGCGACGGCAUCAGCGCCUCCAAAACCUCCCAUGUCCAAGCUGGCUUCGACGCUGGUUUCCCCAUCGGCGCCCAACUCGGCAUGCGCGCCGGUACGAUCCUCGGUAUUCUCGAGGGCGUGCUACGCGGGUACGACGAGAGCCAGAAAGCCGUGGUGAAGAAGCUGCCUUCGGCGGGUGGUCGGAAGGGUGCUACCAGCACCAAUGGCACCGCCACUUCUACCACUUCUACUCCUACAAUUACCGACGAGGAACGCCAAGCCAAGCGUGCGGAGAUACUAGCGUUGUACCAACAGGCCGUAAAGGAGUUGGAUGUGCGAAAGGUAUUCGAGGGGAUCAGUGAGAAGGAAAUUUCGGAGGGGGAGAAAGCUGAGAUUAGAUUGGGGAGACAGGGUGAGGGGGCGAUAGGGAAGUGGGAGGAGAAAGUGAGGGUGCCGAGGUGGGAGGAGAAUAUGGAUGCGUUGGAGAUGAAGGAUACUACUGCUGCUGUUGAAGACAAGGAGGUGGAGGAGAGCUGAAUGGGUGAUUAUGGAUGGUACUUUUUUUUAUCCUUCUCUCACC